ACCAGCUGACUUACAAAGGACACAUAGUGUUUAUAACAAAGCUCAGAAAAUGCUAAAGCUUAAAGGAGAAUUGAGAGCUGCCAAGGAAAUGAAAGAUGAGGCGUUGGAGAGAGACAGAGAAGUGAGCAGCCUGAACAGCAAGCUGUUGAGCCUGCAGCUUGACAUCAAGAAUCUGCAUGAUGUCUGCAAGAGACAGGGGAAGACCUUGCAAGAGAAUCAGCUCUGUGUAGAGGAGGCAAUGUUGAACGGCAGCCACAACAAGAAUCAAGCACAGGUAUUAGCGUUCGAGGAGUCACCAAUGGAGUUCGGGUCCAGUAAACAGUGUCAUCUGAGACAACUUCAGCAACUGAAGAAAAAAUUGCUGGCCCUUCAGCAAGAACUGGAGUACCGCACACAGGAGUUGCAGACUUCCUACUGUUCUCUCCUGCAGUAUCAGUCCAUCCUAGAGAAGCAGACUUCCGACCUGGUUCUUCUUCACCAUCACUGCAAGCUGAAAGAAGAUGAGGUGGUUCUCUAUGAGGAGGAAAUGGGAAAUCAUAAUGAGAACACAGAGGAGAAGCUCCACUUGGCACAGGAGCAACUUAUCUUGGCCGGAGACAAGAUCGUUUCCCUAGAAAGGAGCUUAAACCUCUACAGGGAUAAAUACCAAACUUCCCUGAGCAACAUCGAGUUACUGGAGUGCCAGGUGAAAAUGUUGGAGGGUGAGCUCAGCGGGAUCAUCAGUCAGGAGCCUGAGAACAAGGGUGAUCAUUCAAAGGUGCAUAUAUACACUUCUUCCUGCAUGAUUCAAGAGCAUCAGGAGACCCUGAAACGACUCUCUGAAGUCUGGCAAAAGGUCUCUGAACAGGAUGAUCUAAUCCAGGAACUUCGAAAUAAACUAGCCUGCAGUAACGCUUUGGUUCUGGACCGUGAAGAGACUUUGAUAAAAUUACGAACAGACUUUGCUUCUUAUAAAGCCACCCAUAGACAUCCUCCCAGCUCCUCAGAAGAUUGUGAAGACAUCAAAAAGAUACUGAAGCACUUGCAGGAGCAGAAGGACAGCCAGUGCCUGCACGUGGAGGAGUACCAGAACCUGGUGAAGGACCUGCGCAUGGAGCUGGAGGCCGUGUCGGAACAGAAGAAAAACAUCAUGAAGGACAUGAUGAAGCUGGAGCUGGACCUGCACGGGCUGAGAGAGGAGACGUCUGCCCACGUGGAGAGGAAGGAUAAGGAGGCCGCUAUCCUGCAAUGCCGGCUGCAGGAGCAGCAGCUGCAGUUCACCGAGAUCCAGAAGCUCUCUUUGAAGAAAGACAAGCUGCUCCAAGAGAAAGACGAAAUACUGCACCAGCUAGAGAAGAAACUGACGCAGGUUCAGAACUGCCUCCUGAGAAAGGAGAAAGAGCUGGAGAAGCAGCAGCGCAUGAUGACAGACCUUGAAAUGACCGUCAAGGAGUCUAAGCAGGACAAGUCCAAGGUGGAGUGUGGGGCCCUGCGGGCUGAGGUCCAGAAGCUGAAGGAAUGUCUCGAAGAGGCCAAACAGCAGCAGAGGCUGGCCGCUCAGCAAGUAGCCCAGUAUAAGGAUGAGGCCAUGCUGGCAGAGAAGAACCUGGAGGAUGCCCAGAGGAAACUGCAGCAUUGCAUUUUCCAGGACAAGCAGAAGGCAGACACCAUUCAGGAACUGCAGAAAGAAAUUCAGAAGCUACAGAAGGAGUCCUCGAUGGCUGAAGAGGAAAAAGCAUUGUCCAGGAGACGGAUAGAAGAGCUGUCAUCGGAACUCUCGGAGGCCCUGAGGAAGCUUGAACAUUCAGACAAGGAAAAGAAGCAGCUUCAGAAGACAGCAGCUGAGCAGGAUGUGAAAAUAAAUGAACUGCUAGAUCAUAUCAAAAAAAUCCAGCACCAGCACAAGGAGUUAUCCUGCAUCAAAACCAAGUUGGAAGAGGAGCUUCAGGAUGCAAAAAAGUUACUGGAGGAGAAACGGGAACAAUUGAAAAAGAGCAAAGAACAGGAGAAGUUGCUGGAGGAAGAACUUGAAGCUUUGCGACAGGAAACAAAAAAGAAAGAAAAGUCGUGGAAGGAGAAUACAAGAAAGCUGGAGGACAAAAAUGAGAAUGUCGGAGCAGAGUUAAUGCAUUGUUCUACACAACUGGAAACCACUCUCAGCAAAUACAGUGCCAGCCAGCAAGUCGUCCAAGAGCUGAAUAAAGAGAUAACCCUUCAUAAGGAGUCCAUACGGAGUCUGGAGGCCCAGGUGGACAAGGCUCUGCAGAAGGAGAAGCACUAUCUCCAGACCAUGGUCGCUAAAGAAACCUAUGAAGCCUUGUCCCGGAAGUCAGUGGCCUGCCAAGAUGACCUGGCACAAGCCCUCGAGAAGCUCAAUCAUGCCACCUCGGAGACAAAGAGCCUGCAACGAAGCUUGACACAGACCCAAGAGAAGAAAUGUCAUCUGGAAGAGGAAAUCAUUGCUUAUGAGGAGAGGAUGAAAAAGCUCAAUGUGGAAUUAAAAAAACUGCAGGGCUUCCACCAGGAGAGCGAGAUAGAGGUGCAUGCCUUCGACAAGAAGCUAGAGGAGAUGAGCUGCCAGGUGCUGCAGUGGCAGAAGCAGCACCAGAAUGACCUCAAGAUGCUGGCAGCUAAAGAGGAGCAGCUCAGGGAGUUCCAGGAGGAAAUGGCCACCCUGAAAGAGAACCUCCUUGCAGAUGAGAAGGAGCCAUGCUGCCUGCCCCAGCGGUGUGUGCCCAAAGAUCCCUGCAGGAUGCACCGAGACAAUGAUCAGAUCAUGACCAACAUGGAGCAAUGGGCAAAAGAGCAGAAGAUCGCUAAUGAGAAACUAGGAAACAAGCUGCGUGAGCAGGUCAAAUACAUCGCCAAGCUGACUGGUGAAAAGGACCACCUCCACAACGUAAUGGUCCACCUGCAGCAGGAAAACAAGAAGCUGAAGAACGAGAUAGAAGAUAAGAAAAUGAAAGUGGGGAGCACCCGGCCGUGCACCAAAGCCCUAGGCCCGAGCAGAGCGGAGCCCGCACAGAAGGGGAAACUGUGCAGUUCACUGGGCUGGAAGGGGACGUCCCAGGACACAGGCCAAAGAAUGGACAUCGUCAAGCUCAUCGGGAUGCCCCACUGCUCAGGUUCCUCGUAUUGCUAGAAGCAGCGUCUCGCCCUGCGCAUCAUUUCCUCACAUGUUUCUCAGAGGACCGUGAGUUCCCGCCCCUCUCUCUUGACCUGGAUCAGCUCUUACAGGAAUAUAGCAUGGUCCCAGCCUGUUUUUCAAGAUGCAGACAUUUUGCUGAGUUAUGUCUGCUUCCUAGAAUGAAGUGAGCUUUGGAACCAUAUUACCAUCUCCAGGCCCAAACUCUAAAAUAAACACAUGAGCAUGAGC